AUCCCGGAGAGCCGCUGGAGCUGACACCACCCACCCUCAAGACCGACGCGACCGCUCAUUUAGAUUGACUCCUCUGGCUUUCCGUUUCCUUAUUUUGUGCAGGGACGGGACUUCCGGUUUUAUCUCCCAGUGACUUCCGGUAUGAGUUGAUGGAUGAAAAGUAAGACGGUAUACAAGACCGCCAGCCGCUAAGGUCAAGAAGAUAGAACACCACGUGAUUUUACCAAACAAGUUCCACGAUCUUAGUUUUUGGUUUUAGUGCCUGGCGCUCCAUCCACGACAGUCAGUCGCCCUGGGCACAGCCGGAAGUCACUCAGAGGAGAGACAGGAAGUCCCUCCUCUUCCUCCCAAAGGGAAGACGGUGAGCCGGAGGAGUCAGUCAGAGGGGCGAGCAGGAGCGAUUCCGUCGGCAAACAGGUUAUGAGUGCCAGUGAGCCACCUUCGACAGGAGAAACAUUGUCAGCACCUUGGUAGUGAUGGAUGCUGAGAAUAAACUUGAGAAUGAUGAGGAUGAAAGUGUGAAGAGAGAAGCACAAGGCUUGAGAGAGAUUUCAUCCUGUAGUGAGGAUUGUGGGCCUGCAUCUGAUGCCAUAGCAAAUUCCCCUGGGAGUUCCAGAAGCAAAAGAGGUUUUUCAGAAUCAUCAACCUUUGACAGUGUCAUUGUAGAGAAAGAGAGAAACAAAAAUGUUUCCAAACGAAUGAAACUAGAUGAGGCAGAGCCCUUUCAAUCUAGAGAGCAGGGCUUUUGUGAAUUAGAAACUCCCAAGGGCUCGGUCGCACAAGUGGGUAUCCUGGUCCACGGAGCUGUGAAGGAGGCCUUCCUGAAUGACUGCACAGAUGCCUUCUCCCCUUCUCCCGAUUUCAGCACUAUUGAUGCUGUUUCUCUGAAAACAAACACUGAAAAAAAGUCUGCUCAGGAAGUGGUUUCCCUUGAUCCAGAAGGAGAAUGUCCUUUCCCCCUGAAGGAAGUCACUGUCAGUUGCACCAUUGGACGUGUGGACACGGUUCUCAGGUGCAGCGUCUGUGGCCAUUUGUUUCCUUCUUGCUCUGAUUUGGAAAAACACACUGAAUGUCACGUGCAGCAGUCGGAGGCACAGACCUGCUGUCCCCGCAGCCACAAGGCGGAGAGCCGCUCCACUCUGCACACGCGCAUCAAGCAGACACACGGGCCCCUGAAGGUCUUUUCUUGUGAUCUUUGUGGCUUUCAGUGUGUGGAAGAAAACCUGUUGAAUGCACAUUAUCUUGGCAAAACACAUCUUCGGCGUCAGAAUCUUGCUGCUCGUGGAGGAUUUGUACAGAUCUUAACCAAACAACCUUUUCCUAAAAAAACAUGCACCAUGGGGACAAAAAAUAUUCGUGCAAAACCAAGAACUUCUAAACCAAUAGCAAAGAAUAGUGAUCAAAAGGGGUUACAGAAUGUUGGAAGCAAAUUCAAAGAUUUCAGAAAAGGUAUUUCUAAACAAAGUGGUAGUAGCAGUGAGCUUCUUGUUGAAAUGACGCCAUCCAGAAAUACUCCAUCAGAAAAAGUAGAGAUUGUUGAAGAAAAUGUUACUUCCUUUGACAUAGGUCAAAAUCCUGAAAGUCAGAGUAAAAAACUAGGAGCCUUAGUGACCUCAGAGGGUCUCUUAGAUCAAUUGGAAUCUCCCCAAAACACCCUACAGACAGCACACAGUGUCAGUACAACCCCAAGGCCAAGACCUGAGCGAAAUGUUCUAAUGUUGGGUAAUAGCUUUCGAAGACGAAGUAGCACUUUCACCUUGAAGGGCCAGGCAAAGAAAAGGCUUAAUCUUUUAGGAAUUAAUAAAAGAGGCACAAAUGAAACUCAGAGGAUGUAUCUGAAGCACUUUAGAACACAGAUGAAAACACAUGAUGCGGAGUCGAUGCCUACCCAUGUAGAAAUGAGCAGCAGUGCCCAGACUCUGGGUGUGACCACCUCAGAAACUCAGGAACGGAAGCAAGACCAGGGGAGCUCCCUCCUCCUGGCUUCUGUGCGGCUGGAUUCCCUGAAGGUGAAGCCAGUUUCUGACCCUCAGAUGUCGUGCACUUGUACGGACUGUGGGCAUGUAGCUGCAAAUAGGACAGACUUGGAAAUCCAUGUGAAAAGGUGCCGUGCCAGAGAGGUGAAGUUUUCUUGCCAGACUUGUGACUUUUCCAGUAUGUCCAGAAGGGACUUCAAUGAACAUUUGUACAACCACCACCACCAGCAAACUGCUUGUGCCCUCAGUUGUCAGUGUUGCUCGUUUAUGUCCUUGAGUGAAGUAAGUCUCCGAGACCACAUGAGGGAAAAGCACAGCAUGGGCUUCCUUUGCACCCUGUGUCAUCUGUUUUUCUUGUCUGAACAAGACGUGGAAGAGCACAAAGCAACUGAGAAGCACAUUAGGUCGUUGAUUCAACCAAAGACUUCUCAACCCUUUAACAGUGAUUCAGUUUUACAGACUUUACCUUUAAAUACUUUAGAAUCAGAAAACACAAAAGAUUCUAUGAAUGAGUCAGGAAAAGCAGCUCAGGAAGAACUGGUGAAGUCCAGGGUCUGCCAUGGAAAUGAAGUGAGGCAUUCCAGCAAGCCUCAGUUUCAGUGUAAGAAGUGUUUUUAUAAAACAAGAUCUUCUACUGUUCUCACAAGACACAUAAAGCUUCGGCAUGGUCAGGACUAUCACUUCCUUUGUAAAGCAUGUAAUCUUUAUUCCUUGAGCAAAGAAGGAAUGGAGAAACACAUUAAAAGAAGCAAGCAUCUUGAAAAUGCUAAGAAAAAUAAUAUUGGCUUAAGCUUUGAAGAAUGUAUUGAAAGGGUGUGGAUAGGUACAAAUGAUAAGAAGGAAGAGUUUAAUGUUUCUGGAAAUGGGAGGAUUGAAGGCCAUGUAGGUGUGCAAUUGCAGGAGCAUUCUUACCUUGAGAAAAACUCAGUAACUCCUAAGGAACUGUCACAGUCUGGUAUUAGCACCAAAGAUGAUGAAUUAACCACUGCUCCAAAGAGAGGGAGACCUAAAGGUAACAUCUCACGGACGUGUUCACAUUGUGGCCUUUUGGCCUCUAGUAUUACAAACUUGACUGUUCACAUUCGACGAAAACACAGUCACCAGUAUAGUUACUUAUGCAAGGUGUGUAAGUAUUAUACUGUAACUAAGGGAGACAUGGAACGUCACUGUGCCACCAAGAAACAUAAAGCACGAGUAGAAAUAGAAGCAAAUGGAAAACAAAGUUCAGAUAUCAUUGUUGGUCCUGAAGGGGGUAACCUUGAAGGUGGUAAAAAUACCACAAGUUUAGCAGGGACCAUUUCAGAUGAACAUGCUAACAAGCCAGCUGAAUCAGAUACCUCCCCUCUACAAAAGCCAGGAGUAGACAAUGGAAAUCCAGGUGCAGUGGAAGUUGAAAAUGUGUUUCAUUCUGUAGAUGGGGAAGUUGACAGUCAUCUUAUUGAUAAGAAGGAACAAGUGUCUGUAGAGCCAGAGGACCUUCCCCAAGGAGAUGCGUAUUCCCAGAGAGAUGCGACAGGAACAGGUGAUAAUAAAUGUGUACACUGUGAGUUCACUGCUCAUUCUUCUGCUUCUCUAGAGCUGCAUGUCAAACGGAAACAUACAAAAGAGUUUGAGUUUUAUUGCAUGGCAUGUGAUUACUAUGCAGUGACUCGUCGAGAGAUGACCAGGCAUGCAGCAACAGAGAAACACAAAGUGAAGAGGCAGUCUUAUCACAACUCUUCUAAUGGAGAAGCAGGCUCUGCAGAAAUUUCCAGAAAUGUCAUUAUACCUGAAGAGGAGGAUCAACACAAUUCUGAAGAGUUUCAAAUAAUUUCUGACCAACCAUCUGAUACUUUCAAAUCUGGAACUGCUGUUGACUGUUCGAUUUUAGAUGAGACUACUAAUGUAGAAAUGUCUAAAGUUCUCUGUGCUCCUGACUCUGUAGAAAUUGAGACUGAGGAGGAAGCCAGUUUCAGUGAAGACCAUUCCUUUUGUGAGACUUUCCAACAGCCCCUGGUCAAGGAUAAAGUUAUGAAACCUGAAGAGACAGUAUCCCUUAAUAUUUCCUCUAAUUAUGGCUCCCCAAGCAGAUUUCAAAAUGAAAGUUCAGGAAGUUUAGCUUUGACAACAAAGAAAAACCUUGAGUUGUUGAGUAAUGUAGGGGAUCCAAACAUGCACCAUGAGAGUGACGGAGGGGGCAUGGCGGACAGUGGAGCUGACGUCCUUCCCAAACACCAGUGUCCCCGAGUCCCAGAUGGGGAGCAGCCAGCUGAAGGCACUACCCCUGCUGUGAUGAGAACAGCAGGAGAGCAGGGAAACCCUGAGGGCGGGGAUCAGAAUGAAGCUGGACAUGGGCAGAGUUCAGAGGAUUUGAAAUGUGUGCAAGCAGAUCCUGUCCCAGAGAACAAGGGCAUUCUGAUGAGUUCACAGCAUGAGUCGGAGAUUCUUCUGGAAGAGGAUGGCGCAGCGUCUGAGAGCACAGCUGAAAGUAAUGAUGUUUAUGAAACUAUAAUUAGUAUUGAUGAUAAAGGGCAGGCUACAUACAGUUUUGGCCCGUUUGAUUCUUCCAUAAUAAGAAUAAAGAACCCUGAAGAUGGUGAAUUGAUAGACCAGUCAGAAGAGGGUCUGAUAGCAACAGGAGUGAGAGUUAGUGAGUUGUCCCUAAAAGACUGUGCUCAAGCUGUAAAAAAGAAGAAAGCUGAAGGGACCUCGUUUGGCGAAUCCACACGAAUUCGUUGUGAUGACUGUGGCUUCUUAGCAGAUGGACUGAGUGGACUGAAUGUUCACAUAGCCAUGAAGCACCCUACGAAAGAGAAACACUUCCAUUGUUUACUGUGUGGAAAGUCGUUCUAUACGGAAAGCAACCUUCAUCAGCAUCUGGCCAGUGCGGGGCACAUGAGAAAUGAGCAGGCCAGUGUGGAGGAGCUUCCAGAAGGGGGGGCCACCUUCAAGUGUGUCAAGUGCACCGAGCCCUUUGAUUCGGAACAGAAUUUAUUUCUGCAUAUUAAAGGACAGCACGAGGAAUUGCUACGGGAGGUGAAUAAGUAUAUAGUGGAAGACACUGAACAAAUCAACCGCGAGAGGGAGGAAAACCAGGGAAACGUUUGCAAAUACUGUGGGAAGAUGUGUCGAAGUAGCAACUCGAUGGCCUUCCUGGCACACAUCCGCACCCACACAGGAUCAAAACCAUUCAAGUGCAAGAUAUGCCAUUUUGCAACAGCUCAGCUUGGAGAUGCCAGAAACCAUGUGAAAAGGCACCUUGGGAUGAGGGAAUACAAGUGUCAUGUCUGUGGGGUUGCUUUUGUAAUGAAGAAGCACUUAAAUACUCACCUACUAGGCAAACAUGGAGUUGGCACCCCAAAAGAAAGGAAAUUUACAUGCCACUUAUGCGAUAGAAGUUUCACAGAGAAGUGGGCCCUGAACAACCACAUGAAACUCCACACAGGAGAAAAGCCAUUUAAAUGCACCUGGCCCACCUGCCACUACUCAUUCCUCACAGCCUCUGCCAUGAAAGACCACUACAGGACGCACACAGGCGAGAAGUCGUUUCUGUGUGACCUCUGCGGCUUCGCCGGCGGGACCCGGCACGCCCUCACCAAGCACCGCCGGCAGCACACAGGAGAAAAACCUUUCAAGUGUGACGAGUGUAACUUCGCCUCCACCACCCAGUCCCACUUGACACGGCAUAAGCGGGUGCACACUGGAGAGAAGCCCUACCGGUGCCCCUGGUGUGACUACAGAUCAAACUGUGCUGAGAAUAUCCGCAAACACAUUUUACAUACGGGCAAACAUGAAGGGGUCAAGAUGUACAACUGUCCCAAAUGUGACUAUGGGACCAACGUCCCUGUGGAAUUUCGAAACCAUCUGAAAGAGCAGCACCCUGACAUCGAAAACCCUGACCUGGCUUACCUGCACGCUGGCAUCGUUUCCAAGUCCUACGAGUGCCGUCUGAAGGGACAAGGAGCCACCUUCGUGGAGACAGACAGCCCCUUCACUGCCGCCGCCCUGACCGAGGAGUCCCCAGUCAGAGAGAAGCCCCCACGAAGUGGCAGGAGGCCGGCCCCCACCUCUGAGCAACUACAGCAGGUCAUCAUAAUUCAGGGCUACGAUGGGGACUUUGCCCUGGACACCUCUGUGGAGGAGACAGCUGCCGCCACGCUGCAGACGCUGGCCAUGGCUGGCCAGGUCGCUCGGGUGGUGCACAUCACAGAGGACGGCCAGGUCAUCACCACGAGUCAGAACGGGGCGCACGUGGGCAGCAUGAUGCCUGCGCCCAUCGUCCCAGAGCAGCUGGAAGACGGAGCCACCCAGGUGGUCGUGGUGGGGGGCUCCAUGGAAGGGCCUGGCGUGGAGGAGCCACUCGGUCCCCGUAGUGCUGUGAUCCAGCAAGUGACCAAGCAGGAGAUUUUAAACCUCUCAGAGGCUGGAGUCCCUCCCACUGAUGCCUCCUCAGCCUUAGAUGCACUGCUCUGCGCUGUCACUGAGUUAGGGGAGGAGGAGAGCAGAGCUGGGCACGAGGAGAAGGGCAGGCCCAGCCCCAAGGACAUGCUAAUCCAGCUGCCCAGUCAGGAGGAUUCCCGUGCUGCCACCCCUCCGGGACCCCCCGAGGCCCAGGUGCUGCAGGACGCUCAGGAGGUGCUGGCCGAUGGGACCCAUCCCUCGGCUGUCGCUGCCCCCCAGGAACCAGCCCAGGUGGCCUUCAAGAAGAUGGUCCACGGAGUCCUGCAGUUUGCCGUGUGUGACGCGGCUGCAGCUGGGCAGUUAAUUAAGGAUGGCUUCACCCAGGUCAUUGUGAACGAGGAGGGCGCUGUCCACAUGGUGGCCGGGGAGGGCUCCCAGAUCAUCAUGCAGGAGACAGAUGCACACGGCCUACGGGUGCAGGGCGAGCGUGUGGACCUGGUGGAGUCCGACGGGGAGAUCUCGCAGAUCAUCGUGACAGAAGAGUUGGUCCAAGCCAUGGUCCAGGAAUCCAGUGGUGGCUUUCCUGAGGGCGCUACACACUACAUUGUGACUGAGCUGCCCCCGGGGGUACAGGACGAGGCGGGCAUGUACUCACACACCGUGAUCGAGGCAGCAGGUUCUCGGGAGCUCCUGCAGGCUGGGGCUGCGCUGGGUGCUGAGGCUGGGGCCCUGCAUGGGGCAGAGCAGCUGACAAGCAUGGUCAUCUAUACCCAGGAAGGAUCCCCGGCCACCACCGUGAUCCAGAGCCAAAGAGAAGGCACCGAGCUGCAAGAGGCGUAGGCUGGGCCUCUGUGCUCUCCGCGCCAUGCAGGCCCCGCUCUUCCGGAGCAUAAACUUUCAUGCCAAGGACAGCUCAACUUCAGAGGAGGACCGAGUAUGCACCCUGGCCACAUGCACAUCAGCCACCCAAAAGGCACCAUGGGUGCCACAAGGUGCACCAGUGGGACAGACAGCCGAGUGCAUGGGAGGGCAGCAGAGCUCAUGGCAGUGGGGCUUGCAGCAGUGGGGGCAGCCCUUAGGCCUGGCCCCUCGGCUCCUGUCCUCGGGUGGACGCCCUGCUCUGUCCCAGCCAUUUUGCAGAGGAGACGCCAAGUGUUGUCUGGUUGGUUUUUCCCCUCACAAGCGUUUUCCCAUUUCAGUUAUCAGGUCGGUCCCUAGCAGCGGAAGAGUAAUGAAAAUGGACCGUGUGGCUUGGGACAGAUCUGCUCCUGCAGUCCAGCAUGUAGCAACUUCAACUUUUUAUUAUAUAUUUGGUUAAAAUUACGACUACGAUGGUAACCACUCCCUGUUAAUUCGUUUUUAAUUUUAGAAUGACAGUGUCCCCAGACCAAAGGAAGCCUGUUAGUUCAUUUCAUUUAUAAAUUUCCUUUCUUCUUACAUUGUAGGCGUAUUCAUUGCUUGGGUCACGUUCUGCAUAAAAGAAAUUUUCUUAAGCCUGCGGUUAAGAAAAGCCUUGAAGUUUAUAUUCAAUUAAAGUAUAACUUGGUUAAGACAACCGGAUGCUUCUAAUUUUGACUUAGUUUCAUAUGAUAAAGUCUAUAUGAAAUGUGCACUCUGAAAGAUAUUGUUCAUAUCAAUAUUUUGGUUUUUAUAACAAAUGUUUGUUCAUAUUGACAUCAUUUUUGCAGGAUUUGUUUGCGAUUUAUGUCAGUUAGAAAUCACUGACAUUAAACAUUAGCAAGUAGAGACCACCCCCCUCAGUGUUCACUUGUGCAUUCACUGCAACUGUUGAAUGCAAGUUUAUGUUGCAAUAAUUUGUUUCUUGAUAUAAUUGCUCUCAUUUCUUUACCAAAAUUGUAAAGUGCAAAGGUUGUUUAAGUUCUGUUUCUGUUUUCUUUGAAAUAAAAUUAUAGUGUUAAA